UUUCUAAAUCACCCGGUAUAUAACUGGAGGGACUAACGCAACGCGCGGUCAGUUGUAUCAAUUAUAGGCGUGGACAUAUAGAAUAUAUAGAGAGAGAGUAUUGGAGGCAUUGAAUCUCUCUCUCGUGAGGAGUUUUUCCAAAGUAAAGAAACAAGACGCUCCUCACGCUUUUCCCGAAAUGGCUUUUGGAGUUCGCUUCUUCAUUCUUGUGACAACAUUGUACUUUCUCUGCAUUCAAGAAGGCUUUUCUAUUAAAUGUUGGGUGUGCAGAUCAGACUCGGAUCCAAAAUGUGCGGAUCCGUUUGACAAUUCCACAGUGCCUAUUACAGACUGUAGGCAAGAACCUGAAUUGGAGCACUUGCCAGGUGUAAAACCAACGAUGUGUCGUAAAAUUCGUCAAAAAGUUAACGGUGAAUGGAGAUAUUUUCGUAGCUGCGCUUACAUGGGCGAACCAGGGAUCGCGGGUGACGAGCGAUUUUGUUUAAUGCGAACUGGAACAUAUAAUAUAUUUAUGGAAUAUUGUACGUGCAAUAGUAAAGACGGUUGUAAUUCAGCGUCUUACCAAUAUGGAAAUUGGCUUCUCUUAUUAAUUGGUUUAAUAACAACCGUUCGAUACGUAUUUGUUGUUUGAAGAAGUCUAGCCAAAGAUUCUCAACAGAUCUGAUUCACUGGAUAAUUUAGAUUUCACUAACUAUCUUUACGGUUCAAGAUUCACUUGUACUUACUCAAUACUUCUUUUAUCUUAAACAUCGAAUAUCAGGGAAGAUACAAACUCCAGCAAUCAAAUAUAUAUAGAUAUUGUAGUUUUUACAAUGCAUUUUUGUAAUUUUUAUAAUUUUAUAAUUUUUUACGCAAUCAAGUGCCUUUUUAUACAUAUCUUUAUGUGUCAAUAACAAUAUCAAUGAAAAUUUUAAAUAUAAGACGGAAUAACUUCCAGUAAGUCGGUAAUUUACCUUGGCUUUUAAGCUACAUUUUAUCAAUAAAUUACAUAUUUUAUAGAAAUAUAUUUUUACUGCUAUACAAAAAAUGUAUAUUUGUACUAUUUUUUUCCAUUUUAAUAUUACUAUAGUACAAAUUAUAAGUCUUACUAAUAUCGAA